GUGUGAUACCAUUUUCAUCGGGCCUCUUUUACAGAAAAUGGUCACGAGGUUUGGAACCAUUUUGACUGUGACCAGAAGAAGUCAGGGAGGCGGCCCACUGGUAAAAGCUAGAAGUGAAAAUGGCAUCUACAUUGUCUCCACAAGAAGAGCAGGAUAAACUGCUAGAAGAAGCUGUUCAAAUCGUCAAGACACAAUCAUUUCAAAUGAAAAGAUGUUUGGACAAGGCAAAGAUAAUGGAUGCACUGAAGCAUGCUUCAAACAUGCUUGGAGAACUGCGAACCUCUCUAUUGUCACCAAAAAGCUACUAUGAGCUUUAUAUGAGCGUCAGCGAUGAACUCAGCCAUCUUGAGCUUUAUCUUGUUGAUGAGUUCUCCAAAGGCCGGAAGGUCAAUGAUCUGUAUGAACUGGUGCAAUAUGCGGGAAACAUCAUACCAAGAUUAUAUCUGAUCAUCACGGUUGGUGUCGUUUACAUAAAGUCUGGCGAGGUAGCACGGAAGGAUAUUCUUAAAGAUCUUGUUGAAAUGUGUAGAGGUGUUCAGCAUCCAUUAAGAGGGUUGUUUCUGAGAAAUUUUCUUCUUCAGUCAACUAGAGGAAAUCUUCCAGAUGCAGAUGGCAGUGUGAAGAACUCUGAAACAGAUGGAAGUAUCAAGGACUCAGUGGACUUCAUUCUGUUGAAUUUUGCGGAGAUGAACAAGCUUUGGGUACGGAUGCAACAUCAAGGGCACUCAAGGGACAGAGAGAAAAGAGAGAGGGAACGACAAGAACUGCGAAUUCUUGUCGGCACAAAUCUUGUACGUCUGAGCCAGCUUGAGGGUAUUGACAUGGAAAUGUAUAAAAAGGAUGUUCUUCCUGGAGUAUUAGAGCAAGUUAUUUGUUGCAAAGACCCCAUAGCUCAAGAAUAUCUCAUGGAAUGCAUUAUUCAGGUUUUCCCAGACGAAUUUCAUCUUCAGACGUUGAAUGCGUUUUUGAAGUCCUGUGCUGAUUUACAUCAGAGUGUCAACGUGAAGAACAUCAUUAUCGCUUUGAUUGACAGAUUGGCAAUGUUCGCCUACCGUGGAGAUGGCUCCGGUGAACCUCAAGAUAUUAAGCUUUUCGAAAUUUUCUCCCAACAAGUUCCUCAUGCUGUUCAAGGUGAUGGUGCUGGAAUUCCUGAAGACAUUCGGCUGUUUGAGAUUUUCUCGCAGCAAGUUGCCCAUGUAAUUCAGUCUCGUAGUGAUAUGGCCACUGAAGAUAUCGUUGCGCUGCAAGUUUCACUAAUCAACCUCGCACUGAAGUGUUAUCCGGACCGGGUUGAUUAUGUUGACAAAGUGUUGGAAUAUACGGAGGAGAUUUUCAGCAAACUUAACCUUUCCCACAUCGAUAAAAACAACGCAGUUUCCAAAGAACUCAUGCGCCUUCUCAAGAUUCCUGUUGACGCCUACAACAAUGUUCUCACAAUUCUCAAGCUGAAACACUUUGCUCCGCUGUUUGAUUAUUUCGACUACCCUACAAGAAAAGAGAUGGCAAUGUAUGUGAUCAACAAUGCUUUGGAUAAUGAAACAUUGAUACCUUCACAGGAAGAGGUUGACUCGGUGCUCCGUCUAGCCGGCCCACUUAUCAUGGAUCAAGAUGAUCAACCAUCUGAAGUCGAAGACCCAGAAGACUUUGCGGAAGAACAAAGCCUCAUGGGAAGGUUUAUCAAUCUGCUCUAUUCAGAGAAUUCGGACCAGCAGUAUCUGAUAUUGAAUACUGCAAGAAAGCAUUUUGGCAGCGGUGGUGAGCAAAGGAUCAAGUACACGCUGCCACCGCUGGUUUUCUCCGCUUUUCAACUGGCUUUCAAAUACCGAGAUGAACAGGAACAGGACGAGAAAUGGGACAAGAAAUGCCAAAAAAUAUUUCAGUUCUGCCACCAAACCAUAUGCGCCUUGUCAAAAGCUGAAUAUGCCGAUUUAUCUUUGAGAUUAUUCUUGCAAGGUGCAAUGGCGGCCGACCAACAGAGGUUUGCUAAUGCAGAGACUGUGGCCUACGAGUUUAUGAGCCAGGCCUUUGCUAUUUACGAAGAUGAAAUCUCAGAUUCAAAAGCACAGCUUGCUGCAAUAACCCUAAUCAUUGGAACUUUCGAGAAAAUGAGCUGCUUCAGUGAGGAAAACCACGAACCACUGCGCACCCAGUGUGCUUUAGCGGCCUCAAAGCUGCUCAAAAAACCGGAUCAAUGCCGGGGAGUUUCCGUAUGCUCCCAUUUAUUCUGGUCCGGGCGGACUAUAGAUGGAGAGGAUGCUGAGAAGGGAGAAAGUGCAGAGUGUCGUGACAGCAAGAGGGUGAUGGAAUGUCUUAAGAAGUCAUUAAGGAUCGCCAACCAGUGCAUGGACCCGACUGUUCAAGUGCAGCUUUUUGUUGAAAUUCUGAAUCGAUACUUAUUCUACUUCGAGAAAGGAAAUGAUGCGGUGAAUGUAACGAUUUUGGGUCAAUUAUUGGAUAAAAUACGGGAGGAUAUUCCCAAUUUAGAGACGAAUGAAGAAACAGAGCAGAUCAAUAAACAUUUUCAAAACACAUUGGCUCAUAUUCAAGUGAAGAAAGAAGGUUCUGAAGAAAGUGAACCAAUGUAUGAAGGGCUUAAUUUAUAAGUUAAUAUCAUGAUUAAAUUUUUCCUAUUUUGCAUUCUUAUUACGCAGCCAUAUUAGAUUGGCAAGAGACUAGCUCCAAAGUACUAUAUUAAUUUUUUCUAGCCAAGAGUUUUAGCCACUAGAAGGCCCACUUUCUUCUUAACAAAGCGUUAUUAGUUUAUUGUUCGCUAGGCAGUUUUCAAAAGAUGUUAUAUUUCUAAAUAUAGCUUUGUUAAGUCAGCCAACAAGACAUAGAAUUUGCUGAAGAACAAGGCGCGAAAUCAACCUAAUCAUUGUAUUGAUUACAGCCUUUCAUCUUAACAUUCCACCAAUGUCCCUGUGCGUAGUACUUUUAGUAAGAUGACCAGUACUUUCUAUUUCUUUUUAAUUAUAUGUGCACGGUAGGAAGGACACUUUAUUUUUAUCAAAAGUGAGAAUCCCCUGAUUCAUAGUAUUUUAUACAUCUUUCAGAAUGUAGUGAUCGCUUAUUUCCAUACAGGAAAUACCGUGAUAUUAAGUUAUUUGGUUCUCAAAGCACCUAAUGUUCGUGGUUAUUACACUUUUACAUUGGUGUUAACCGAUUAGGCAAUCCUGGUAAAUAAAACGUAUACUCUCAUGGGCUCUCAUGGGCCCGUCAUUUCGCACCAUUCUUUAUGCAAUGCCAAAAUACUCUAGCUCACAAUUAUAAAUACUAUCAAAAGGCCUUGGUUGCAAAUCCUUGUAAUUACUUCAUUUGUGUAAUUUUUUCGCAUAGUAUACGUUAUUGUGAUUUGUUGUUUUGUAAAUCUAGAAUUUAAAAUGAUUCCAGAAUACCAGUCAAAAAAUCCAGUUUGAUCCAUCGUACCGUCUUCAUUUCUCAAGCACGUAUUGUCGCUAUUUAGUAAAUAGACAAUUAAGGUGGCAUUAGCAAAAGUAAAACACGAAAUAUUUCAGCAAACUUUUACAUAAUUGAUCUGCUUCAUGAAGGCGUAAAUGCUUGCUGGUUUUAUCUUCAUUUCCAUUUUAUCAAGCAAUGAUAUGUCAACUGUGUAAGUCUGAAUCAAAAUAAAUCUCAAUAGUCUUGGUUGAUGCCUUAUGAUAGGUGUUAUAGACAAAUGCACUGAGAUACGUGAUGGUUAAGAUCGAUAUACAUGUCCAGUGAACUCUCUUUCAGACCUGAUACGGUCAGUUAUUUAUAGGGUUGGUUAUACGG